ACAACACGAACUUGGUUGCGAGUGAACAGAAGAACUGUGUUUUUUGCGUGUGUUUCUUUUCCCUCUUAAAUCGUUUUUCGAGUUUAAUUAUUUGACUUAUUUAUUACGUUUCGUGCUUAUACAUAUGUCUGAGUUAUGGUUGUAGUUAUUGGCACUGCCGCAGUCAUUGCAAAGAAACAAUAAUUUGCCUUUUGUUGUAAUUGCCAGGAAAAGUGUCCGGAUGUUGGGUGCAAAAAUGUUUACCAAUCUAUGCUAAAUAAAACGCUCCAUGUUCUGCUUUAAACGGCAGACAAACGUUGUUGGGCAAACCCAUUUGUCGCCAGUGAGACCCAUGUGAAAUGCCUUAUGAAAAAUUCAAUAAAAAGCGUCGACAAUGGGAGGAUAGUGGUGUAUUGGAACUAAUUAAACUAUGGAAAGUUUGCGCCUAUGAGUUGCGCACCAUUAAACGCAAUGGCCAUCUUUAUGUGGCUAUGGCCAAGCAGUUAACUUCGCUUGGUGUACCUGUUACAGCACUAGAGGUGCACUUUAAAGUCAACAAUCUGACGCAACGUUAUCGCCAGGAGCAGAAAACACUAGAGACCACAGGUAUAAUAAGCACCUGGAAGUUCUAUAGUCAAGUGGAUGAUGUGUUUAAGAGUCUGGCAUCUCACACGGGUUACAAAGACAAACGUAUGAGCUCAUCGAGUGCCAGCAGCCUACCAUCCACAUCAGAGUCACCAGUUUGGAAAAAUCCAAUGUCUCAGCAAGAAUUCAAUAGCAACAAUACGGAGGGGUUCUACAAAACGGAGUACGGCAUGCAUCGCCAUUUUAUGGACCACUCCCAGCCUCCGCCCAAUGCGGGCAGCGUGGAUAAUUUUAUGGCCUCAUCGGCCGCUGUUGCGGCAGUGGCUGCUGCUGCAUCCGCUCGGCUAGCUGAUAGCAAUAUGGAACAGCAAAUGAAUGCUGCUGGCGCCAGUUCUGGCGGACCAGGCGGCAACACCAAUGGUGGUGUACCCAACUAUAAUAAGAUUAAGAAAUCCCACGAAGAUUAUGAUAAGUUUGUUGACAUUGUCAAGAACAUUGUCGAUGCCCACAAGAGCACGCCCGAUAAGGUGGACACUUUCAGUGAUUUCAUCAAAUCGUACAUGAGACGCUGGCCCGAGCGACUGCAGGACGAGGCCAUCAAUCACAUUACCAACUAUGUAAUUGUGAAGAAUAUGGAGCAUAGCCUAGCUGGCGCAGGCGGUGUCCAUAACCCGGAGGGGGUGAGCAACCGACAAUAACAAUACAAGCAGGAGCCCAACAACUGAACGCAGCCCGGGCAGCGCCGAGUUGUUGGACGACCGCCGACCAUCGAAAGCGGUCGUAGUAGCAGCUCCAAAUGACAUCGAUGGUGAUGAUUCGAGAGUAUCAUCGAGCGGAGGGCCAGGGCCAGUGCGAGGACAUACUUAAAACAAACAAAUAAAACAGAGUGGCACAUAGUUACUUAUCACACAAAGAACAUGGGCCGACGACAGUUCGGUCACAGUUUAUGGAUCGGAUCGAAUUGGAUUGUCUUUAACAACAACACAUCAUAGCAUGCAGAUUCAGAUACAGAAACAGUAUUUUUGUUUGUAUAGUUCAAAUAUACAAUUUGGAGUUUCAUUUAACUGAUUUUUAGUUAUUAUGCGAGAGAUCCUUCACUUGAUAAACGAAUAGAGUUCGAUAUAGUGUGUGGGAAUACUAUAAUCUAUUUGUAUAAUUUAAUAUUAUUGUGCGUGCAUAGAGACAUAAAGAAAGAAUUACACAUACAUUAAUUAUAUAUUACAUCAAGCGUACAUUAUAGCGAGUAUAUAUAUAUAUAAAUAAAUACAUUUAGAUAUCAUUUCCUACUGUUAGCUGUAAACUAUUAUUAUGUAAACAUAAAUUAAUAAAUGCUUUAACACUUA